ACACGUGUUCGCCUCAAACAGCAGCGUUUGCAGUUGCUCCAAACUGAUUUAGUGGUUAAGAUUGUGAAGGAAACGGAGUUAUCAUGGCAAAAUUAGAAUGUAAUGACAUAUCAAGUGAUAAUGACAGUGGAGAUGAUUGGGAAGAAAAUGGUGAGGAUCAUCACGACAUUCCAUGUUUGUUUUGUACAGAAACAAUUAAUGGAUUCUCUUCCUCGCUGCACCACAUUGAGACUUUUCACAAGUUUAAUUUCUGCAAUUUUAUAAAGAAGCAUAUUCACGAUACGUACUCGUAUAUUAAGUUAAUCAAUUUUAUUCGCUGUAAGGAGAUUUUACCUGAACAACUAAAUAUAUUGGGUAUAGAAGCUUGGGACAAAGAUGAAUAUUUGCGUCCUAUGGUAGAGGAUGAUCCGUGGUUAAUGUAUGAUAUUGAAGAUCUCAUUAAUAUUAAGGAUGUGAGUGAAGAAAAAGGAGUACAAUAUAUACAAAGUGAUGACAAUGUUAUUUUAUCAAAAACGCAGUAUGAAGACAUGAAGAGAACAAUAAGAUUGCUUAAAUCUCAGUUGAUGGAAAGUGAAACAAUGUGUUUUCUGGUGAAACAGCAAAUGGAGGAGAUGAAAGAGAAAGUUCAGAAAUUAAUACUAGGUGACGAUUUGGAUGGGAAAGAAAAGAAUACUCUAGUCAAUGCACACAAUCCUAAUGCUGAUGAAGGUUACUUCAAUACUUAUAGUCACUUUGCUAUACAUCAUGAAAUGUUAACUGAUAAAGUACGAACGGAGAGUUACCGUGAUGCAUUAUUAACAAAUUCUAACAGAUUCCACAAUUGCAUAAUGUUGGAUGUUGGUUGUGGGACUGGUAUUCUGUCUAUGUUUGCGGCAAAGUCUGGUUGUUGUAAAGUUAUUAGUGUUGAUCAGUCUGAUGUGAUAUAUCAUGCUAUGGAUAUAAUAAGGGAGAACAAUCUCAGUGACAUAAUUACUUUGAAGAAAGGUCGUUUGGAGGAUAUUAAUAUAGGAGAAGAGAAAGUAGACGCGAUAAUAUCCGAGUGGAUGGGAUAUUUUCUUUUGUUUGAAGGAAUGUUAGACACAGUCAUCUACGCUAGGGACCAUUAUUUAGCACCUGGUGGAGUAAUUCUUCCAAACAGAUGCACAAUCAGUAUUAUAGGAAGCGGUGACACGAAAAGAUAUGUCGAUCUGGUUGAUUAUUGGUCAAACGUGUACGGUUUUAAAAUGAGUUGUAUGAAGGGGCAGGUGGUACAUGAACCUAGUAUAGAGAUUUGUAACGUUGAUAAUCUGGUAACAAGCACUGCAGAGAUCCAAGUCUUCGAUUUGUAUAAAGCUACCACGGACUGCGUUAAUUUUUCAUCUCCGUUCACGUUGAACGUGAAAAAAACGGGAUCGUUAACUGCGAUAGUCGGUUAUUUCGAUAUUUUUUUCGAUCUUGAGAAUCCAGUUUAUUUCAGCACAAGUCCUCAUUCCACACCCACACAUUGGAAACAAACAGUAUUUUCUUUAAGCGAGCCUAUUAGCAUAACCGAAGGUGAAGUUUUAACUGGCACGCUGAUUUGUCGAAGGCACAUCAAAGACAUUCGAGGCUUAAUUGUUACCAUCCAUAUUAAAAAUUUGACACAGAUAUAUUAUCUGGAUUAAAGGUUGAACUUGUUCCGAGAUACGUACGAACAAUAGCCGUAUGUGCCAAAUUAAAAAAUAGGGUCCAGCUAUCGAGCUAUGAAGUUUUAACUUCUAUUAGAACCAUCAUGCAAAAGACACAAUUGCUGAAGCGUGAUUAUUAGCAUUACAUCUCUUUCCGUACAGUUAAAAUUUUGAAAUUUUCGAUAAUAUAGAAUCUAAUCUCCGUUUAUACUUAAACGGAGAGUGUAUGUACUUUGCAUUUACGCAUUUCUGCAUUCCAGCUCUUAAUUUUUUUGCUGGAAGCAUGGAUAUAUACUGCUAUAUUAAUAUGCAAGCAGUCAAUGCCUCUCUUUCAUUGCAAGCAAGAUAUAGAAUACGGCAGUUUCUCUUAAAUUUGCGAAUAAUGAUGAAAAAAAUAAUCAUUGAUCUAGUAGCUAUUUACAUUUGUGCCUUUUUAAUAGUAGCAAUUUAUAUCUUUAAAACAUAUACACUUAUAAAUACAAUUUUAAGAAUUUUUGCAUGAAUAAUAGAGUUAUAAUCUUACAAUUCAAUAUUCGCCACAUAAUCUAAAAAAAAAAGAAAAAAAAAAGAAAUCCGCAGAGCUUAGCAUACAGACAACGAUAUAAGUAUAAUAUAGGAUUCACCCACAUUCAAUUUUCAAUCAAUUGUUCUAGGCAAUCUAUUUGGCAAUCUAUGCAAAGUUCAAAGUUCUCGUUGCUUAUGCCUGAAUUUUUUCUUAAUAAAAUCUCAUUAAUAUCUCUUCUACGGAACAAUAUUAAUAGAUAUACUUCAAUCGUCCGAUAUUAAUAAUAUACUAAUUCUCCUGCCAUUCUUCUUGCAUGUGAUACGUAUGUACAAGGACACAAUACAGAAUGAUAUACAUGAAGAAGCAAUUGUUCUUGCUAUCGAAUUAAAAUUGCAAUCAAACGAUUAAUGCGAUUCUGUGAUACGACAAAAAUUAGUUGUAGAGUGUUCAUGAGAUAACGAUACACCCCUGGUAAAAUUUUUCGCAAUCUAUAUACGAGGAUCCAAUGUGAAACAACACCCACUUUGCCUCGUAUAUACGUAUACAUACAAUAUUGUAUACAGCUUGUUAAGAUAGCGAAUUUUAAUCCGAUAUGACCCACAUGUAAUUAUGAAAUAAUUAUAAAUAUCAACAAUCUUUUAAAAUGUAUUACAUAAAUC